UGAGAUAGGUGGUCUGUGGAAAUAAAGUGUGGCUCCUACACCCAGAUUUAGAAUUGCACUUUUGGUGUAUUGUAGCUAUUAAAUAACCCACAGAUCUGAAAUACUAUCACUUGAUAGAAUAGCUCAGGAAAAGUCUAAGCUCUAUAGCUUGUAAAGCACUUGCAGAUAUUCCUUACAAGCACACGAUCACUAAGAAGAUCCCCUCUUUUGCCUUUUGCAGGAGCUCCAGAUCAGGACAUCUUCUGGAAGACACUUCCCUAAGGCAGCAUUCUUGAGGAAACGUCUUCCUCCAGGCAUGGGCUAUGUCAGAUUUUGAGGUGAACACCCCCUGUGAGAACUUUGAAGCCAAUGUGUUUGCCAAGAGCCGAUGCCAGAAUUGUUUUUGGGCAGCUGAUGCUCACCAGUCCAGCAACCAGGUUCCAAAGGAACAUGCUGUGGAAGCCCCACGUGAUAAUACCACUAGUGCACCAGACCCAGCUGGACCUUGGGACCCCCUGUGCAUCUUAGCGCCCCAGUGUGAGCUGUACGUGUGUGUGGGCUUUGAGGACGGAAGAGAGAGCUGGCAGGAGAGCUUGGCAUAUACCCAAUUCAGCAGCAGAGCCAAGGGCAAGCACAGAGGAACCAACACCAGUACCUAUAUCAGCACCGGCACCAGUACGGGAACCAGCACCACGCUCGCCAGGAACUGGGAAAUGACCAGGCUGCUGGACAGCAUUUUGGGAUCAGACAAACAAGACAUGAUGAACUAUGCAGUCCAGAGGAACGAGGUGCAGACUGGAGCCCUGCAGUCAGACAGACCCAGAUGGGGUCAGAGCAUAUCCUGUGGAUCCCGGCAGAGAACAGAGUCUCAGAGCUUCAUGAAAGAAAUCUCCCCUUGGAAAGCAGAGCCCAGCCCUGUAAGCCAGAGCCCUGGGGGUGGCUGGGCAAAGCAUCAGGUGGAGAGCAGUUAUUUCUCUCCAGAACGCCGGAAAUCUGACUCCAGCUGGGUCUCUUCCCCUUCACGAGGCAGCCGUAGCACCUUGCCCACGCACAGUGACCUGGUAAGGACAGGUGGGCAUCUCACUUCCUCCGUCAGCUCCUUGGACUCUGGCUUACAUAGGCACAGGAGUGGCGACGGCGAGGGGCGACAUGGCUUGGUGCGGCAGGAGUACACGAUGCUGGCUGAUCUGCCCAAGCCCAAGCGGAUCAGCCACAGGGAGGCAUUUGAACAGGAACGCAGCAGUUCCCGCACUCGGAGCCCAGGCCGGGCUGAGGUGGAACGGAUCUUUGGAUACGAGCGCAGGAAGACGGAGACACUGGAGGCGUUCCAGGCCUUGGAGGAGGGCCUUGUGGAGCGGCUGGAUGGCAAGACCCCACUGCUGGCCAAAGAACGCCGAUUAGGCCGGAGGCAGUCCAGCCCCACCCUAUACAGAGAGGGAAACAAGAGGCUCCCACAGCAGCUGGAGCAGCCUGGCAAAGGCCGAGGAGAAGCCCUGCUCUCACUGAGCCCAGAUCGGCGGUCGGAGAGAGACCGGAGAAGCCGAAUGGAAUCCAUGUGCCACACAAGUACUGAUAAGUGCAUGGACAGAGAAAGGGUGCCUCGUCAGCCCUCGAACCCUGGGAAACAGAUCGACAGUAACUGGAAAAGCCGAAGGGAUUCUCUGCACCCCACAAGCCCCAUGAAAAGCUCAGAUAACAGCUGGACUGGCCGCGGGGACUACCUGCAUCCUGCGAGUCCUGGGAAGCAAGCAGAAAGCAACUGGAAGAGCCCAAGGGAGAUGCACCCAGUGAUGAGCACUGAGAGAAAAUGGAGGGGUGCAAAAGAGCCCCUGCACCCUAUGAGUGCGGGGAAACACACGAGUGAACGACAGAGCCGAGAGGAGAAACCUCACCCUGUGAGUUCACGGAGAUACACAGAGAGUGAUCAGAAGAGCUGGAGCAAAUCACUGGGCCCCAUGGGUCCAACUAAGCAGCCAGAGAGGGACUGGAGGAGCCAGGCAGAGACCCUCCGUUCCAGGAGUCCAACCAGGCAGCCAGAGGGGGACUGGAGGAGCCAGGCAGAGACCCAGGGCCCUAGGAGCCCAACUGGGAAGCCAGAAAGAGGCUGGAAGAGCCGGGAAGAGACUCUGUGCCCCAGGAGUCAAACUCAAAGAUCAGAGGACAACUGGAGGACCCAAGAGGAAUCCUUAUGCCACAUGAAUCCAGUGCAACAACUGGAAAGAGACUGGAGGAGCCAAGGAGAAUGUUUGUACUCUGUGAGCUCAAGGCACCAACCAGAGACCACUUCGAAAAGCCCUGUGAGCCCCAGUCAAUGGAAAGAAAGUGACUGGAAGAGCCAUGAGCAGUCUCUACACCCAAGCUCAAAGAAGCAAUUGGAGAAUGACAGGGUCAAAAAGGAGAACCUCUUGCAUCAAUCCCAUCUAGCUGGAGGCACACCCCAACCUCUCCACAGUGCCAGCUCCUCAGGAAACCAAGACCUUUAUCUGAACACUAAUGGGCAGCACAACAAGCCGGAUCUCCUCAAUUUCAAGAAGGGGUGGAUGUCCAUACUGGAUGAGCUGGGAGAGUGGAAGAAACACUGGUUUGUGCUGACGGACUCAAGCCUGAGAUAUUACAGGGACUCCAACGCUGAGGAGGCUGAUGACCUGGAUGGGGAGAUUGACCUGCGCUCCUGCACAGACGUGACGGAAUAUGCCGUGCAACGCAACUAUGGCUUUCAGAUACACACAAAGGACUCCACCUUCACCCUGUCAGCAAUGACCUCUGGGAUCCGGCGGAACUGGAUCGAGGCGCUGAGGAAGAACGUGCGCCCAGCCACUGCACCAGAUGUCACAAAGCUGUCUGACUGCAAUAAGGAAAACUCCUUCCGCAGCUGCGUGUCCCAGAAAGGAUCCCUCCGAUCAGAGGAGCAGUGGCCAGGCUUGGGGUCAGAGGUUAUCUCCAAGGGCGGUAACCGGAAGGCAGAUGGGCCGCGCCACGUCUUUGACUACGUGGAGCUGUCUCCCUUGAAUCAGGGGUCCCCGCAACGGACAAGAGGCAGUUUGAAGGGGAUCUCUGACCGAGCCACCAAGCAGGAGGACCUGGAACGGGACCAGGCUCUGCGCUUUGAGGAAAGGAGGAAGUGGUUUGAGGCUCCUGACCCUGGGGUCCUGCAGGGUGACAGUCCAGCAGGGGCCCUCUCUUGGAAGGCGUGCGAGCAGGAGCCACUGGGGCCUGCCCUGUCCGAGGACCAGCGCAGUCGACUGAAUGAAGAAAUUGAGAAGAAGUGGCUGGAGCUGGAACGGCUGCCCCUGAAGGAGUCUAAGCGCAUUCCCCUGAUGACGCUCCUGAACCAGAGCAAGGGGGGCCAUGGUGACACAAGGGAGGCUUUGGAGAAAGAGGUCCAGUCCCUGAGGGAACAACUGGAGUCGUGGCGUGCCCGGAGCGAGAGCCUUCAUGACACAGGAAAGUCCUCUGGAGAUGUCCCUUUGCCCCAGGGCUUCAUUUCCCAGGAGGCAUGUGAGCGCAGCUUGGCGGAGAUGGAAUCUCUUCACCAGAAGGUCAUGUCAGAGCUCCAGCGGCACCAUCAGUGGGAGCUGGAGCGGCUGCGGCAGGAGAAGGAGCGACUCCUGGCUGAGGAGGCAGCAGCUACGGCUGCAGCAAUCGAAGCGCUGAAGAAAGUGCACAAGGAGGAGCUGAACAAGGAGGUGGGCAGGACACGCCAUGUCCAGCUGGGCGGGUCAGGUUCAGAGGCUCUCCGGAGACAGCACCACAGGUCGGAUGUGGACUCUCUGAAGCGGGAGCUGCAGGUUCUCUCGGAGCAGUACUCCCAGAAGUGCCUGGAAAUUGGUGACCUCACCCAGAAAGCAGAUGAGCGGGAGCAGAUGCUGCAGCGCUGCCAGCAGGAGGGGAAGGAGCUGCUCCAGCAGAACCAGGAGUUGCAGAAGUGUCUAUCUGAGGAGAUCCAGAGGUUACGGACCUUCAUCGCCUCCCAGGGCACGGGGGAUGGGGCCUUGCACAACAACGAGAGGAGCUCCUGUGAACUAGAGGUGCUGCUUCGAGUGAAGGAGAACGAACUCCAGUAUUUGAAGAAAGAGGUUCAGUGUCUAAAAGAGGAGCUUCAGAUGAUGCAAAAGGAUAAGAGAUUUGCCUCAGGGAAAUACCAGGAUGUCUAUGUGGAGUUGAACCACAUCAAGCUGCGCUCAGAGCGGGAGAUUGAGCAGCUGAAGGAGCACCUGCGCCUGGCCAUGGCAGCUCUGCAGGAGAAGGAGACGCUGUGUAACAGCAUCAGCGAGUAGAGGUUUGUUUUGCUCCAUUCCUCACUUGUGGGGCGGGGGUGGCUGCAUCCCAUCCAUUAACACCCCUUUGAGGAAACCAGCUCCCAUGUCUUUCACCAGUCCCCAUCCCAUGCCUCUGCAUAUCUGAGCACAUCGUUUGGACUGGCUCCUACGUGCACCUUCUUCAGGAUUUUAUAUGUGAAAAGAUAUAUUUUAUAGAUACGUCACUUUUUUUGUUUGUUUUUUGUUUGUUUUUUGUGGGUGGGGAACAUUUUAAAUCUACAAUAUCUUUUAACCAGCAGCUGAAGACAGAAGAAACACGGAUGUCGCUCCUGCCUCGAGCACUCUUUGCAGGGUGCAUCCAUGGGGCCUUGGGGUGGCCCUCUCCCCUUUUACCCCACACCUCCAAACUGCUUUGUGAGCCUGCAUGGAUGUGCUGGAAGGACCGUGCACCAUGAGACACAAUGUGGUUAGCCAUACGGGAGAAUCCGUGUUCUGCACAAGUGCUCCUGGACCUCUGCAAAAAGCAAUGUUGGAUAGAGCGCAUUAAAGCCUUUGGGGACUGUACUCUCACUCUGGGGACUGUAUUGAAAGCAGGUUGCUGUACCCAUGAACCAUGUCUGUCCUAGGGCAAGGCCAGUCCCUUGGAGGUUUUGGAAGAAUCUGUCUCCUGCUAGCAUACUCCCAAGGAGGAGUAGGGGACUCUACCUGUGCCACUGCUGUGUCUGCCGGAGCCAAACAAUGAAGGCAGCGGCUGCCCUUCUCCACCAUUAAUAGUUUAACUUAAUAAAAUCUUCAGCUAUCA